GGCCCAACUUUGAUAAGUAAAAUCAAGCCCACACUAAAAACUCUCUCUCUUUUCUCUCUCUCAUAUACAAUCGGUCAUUCGGUCUCCUCUCUCUCCUCGUAUCUCUCACUCUCUCAAUCUCACAGAUACGCACAUACAUCCCCCACCGCUUCCUCCUCCGGCGAAGGGCGCCGUCCUCGACCACCUACGCCACAGGCAUCUCGUCCGUCUCACCUCACGCUCCCCUGUCUACCCCUUUCUAUCACUCAGCGCGCACGGCGAGGCUGCACAUGCAGCGCCGCCUCCGUCGCUACGCCGCCGCCGCAGUCACCAUCUCCACGCCUUCCAUCUGUAAUUUCAGAAAACGACACCGUUCGCCGUCUAUACUCAUUGAUUCCGCCGCCGUACAUCCAUCGCCAGUUUGCCAAAACUGCGCCUUUUGCUUCGGGAUUUCAGAAAAUCUUCAAACAAUUAUUUCAUCUUUGCAAUUCAGUCAUAUGAUUUGAUUUCGAUUUUUCAAUUAUUGUUCCAAUUUAUUCGAAUGCGGAGAGGGUUUUCGAGAAUGAAGUUGCAUUGCCUCGAUAGAACACUCUUCCGUUCUUCGCAUUCUUUAAAUGGCGUUCAUCUCCCUGCUCCAAUGGAGACGCAUUUGUGGUAUGUGAAGCCCAGCGAAGUGAAGAGUGAGUCUUUGCUAAAGCAGUACUUUGAUAUUCUGUCGCCGUGUGAGCGGGAGAAUGUUUUGCGGUUGCAAGGAGAGGAGCUGAGGAAGAGCGCGUUGCUGGCACGUGCAUUGGUUCGCACCACGAUUGCCAAAUAUCAGAUGAACUCACCAGUUGAUCCUAGAUCAUUGAAGUUCCGGAAAAACAUGCACGGAAAGCCUGAGGUAUGCUGGCCAUCGAUGGAUGAUUGGGAUCCACCUCCCUUGCAUUUCAACCUCUCUCAUACGUCUUCCUUGAUAGCUUGUGGAGUGACUGUUAAUUCUCAAAUUGGUAUUGAUGUGGAAGAAAAGCAACGGAGCACUAAACACGACAUUUUAUCAUUUGCUCGUCGUUAUUUCUCCAAAUAUGAAGUUCAAUUAUUAGCUGCCGUGUCUGACCCACAAGCUCAGCAAAGGGAAUUUAUCAAAUUAUGGACACUCAAGGAGGCAUAUGUUAAAGCAUUGGGAAAAGGGUUUUCAGGUGCACCAUUCAAAACAUUCACCAUUCGCUUUAGGGCUGUAAUGGAAGGAGGUUUUAAAGCGUUGGAUGAGUCAAGUACUAAGGGAUAUGAAAUAAUUGUGGAUUCGGUGGAUGAUCCAACCAAUGUUACAACCAGUUGGCAAUUUUUGCUCUUGGAAUUGGGUGGUUCACAUUAUGCAGCUAUUUGCACUGAGAAGCACUCUGCAUUAGAUGGCAAAAGAAAUGCUCCGGGUAAGCUGAUGGUGUGGAAGACGAUUCCAUUUCUAGAGGAUGAAUACGUCUCUGGAACAGAUGCAGUUAAGAUGAUCUGUGGCUUGCAAUGAUCUGUCGCAUUUUGGUUGUUUGUGGUGUUCAUUCUUGCAAGUCGAUUUCUGAGCAGCUUACGCGAUGAAAGAUCGCGUGCAGUGGCUGCUGGACUGUACAAUGUAUGUCGGCUUUAACUUGUUUACAAUUCAGAUUGACAAUGUAACUCAUUGUUACGAAUCUUAUGUUAUAAAUUGCUGCAGUUACACCA